CAAAGUCACACAGGUGAGAGGCCAUUUCCAUGUUCUGAGUGUGGAAAAUGUUUUUCACACAAAUCACAUCUUGUUAAACAUAACAGAAGUCACACAGGUGAGAAGCCAUUUACAUGUUCUGAGUGUGGGAAAUGUUUUACACGGAAAUCACAACUUGUUACACAUCAGCGAAGUCAUACAGGUGAGAGGCCAUUUCCAUGUUCUGAGUGUGGGAAAUGUUUUACACGGAAAUCACAACUUGUUACACAUCAGCGAAGAGUGUGGGAAAUGUUAUACACAAAAAUCAAAUCUUGUUAGACAUCAGCAAAGUCACACAGGUGAGAGGUCAUUUUCAUACUCUGAGAAAUAAAUCAGCUCUUGUUGCACACAGUAGACAUCACUCAGAUGAGGAACCAUUUUAAUCUUCUGAAGUAUACUCAUUGCCAUGCGUUGUUCUUCAAGUUUCUUAUCCUCUCUCCUAUGUUUUUGCAAUAUACAUGUUACCACUAGGUGAAAUAAUCAGAUGUCCUGCCAUCAUCUACCACUGCUAUGCAGAUGACCUGUCUUUUGCUCCAGGUACUGAGAACCCAGUCCCAAUCCUAAAUGGUUGUCUAGCUGAGCUCCAGGUGUGGGUGAUGCCAGUUGGCUGUGAUUCAGUCCUGGUGAAACAGGCCUUUAUGCUAGAAGCUCACCAACAAAGGGCAGGGCUACAGCUCAGCUUUGCAAACCAACCGGGCUUGGGGGUUCAGAGUUACAGAAUGCUGAUCAUUUGCGGAAUCUGGGUGUCCUGGAUGGUGGAGUGACACUUAGACAUCAGUAUCUGCCACAAUUAGAUCCUCAUCUGAGGAACAUAGCCAGACUCCAGCACGUAAUUCUCUCAGAAGAUCUACCUACAGUCAUACAUGUAUUUGUAUCAUCACGCAUAGACUACUGCAAUGUCCUCUACCUCGGUCUCCCAGCAAUAGAAUUGCACCGCUUGUAGCUUGUACAGAAUGCAGCAGCCAGGCUGUUACCUAACCAGCCCGUUCCUGCCACAUAACACCUAUUAUCUGCUCCCU